AUGACCGUACCCCUCCGGGAGAAUGACUUGCUCUCGGAGUUUGACCGCCGCCACAAGGCCGGCUUGAUAUUUUACGACAGCAAUCCUCAAAUACAGCUCGAGGCUGUGAACGGCUUCCAGUUUGAGUUGGUCGUGACGGCAGCGAUUAGCAAGAAACCCUACAUAAAGGAUAACGGGGAUGAGCCGUCAGCAGCGAACCCGGCCGCCAAACGGCCGCCCGGGUAUGCGCUCGGCAGCGACAUUGACGUAUCUGGCUAUGAGAUAGGCGAUGUCACGGCCACACAUCUGUUGGCGUUCAACAAAUUUUGCAUGUACCGGCCACACAUGCUGCUCCUGACCAAGGACGGGUUCCGGCGCCAGUACAAUCAAUUGGACGUCGAAGACAUACAGGCGGCCUGGAAGGUGCUGGAGGCCCUCAACUGGAGCCACUUUAUGUUCUUCAACUGCGGCAAGGACGGGGGCUGCAGUCGGCUUCAUAAGCACCUGCAGCUAGCCCCUUUCUUGCCUGACCGACUCAUUCCCUGGCCUGAGUCCGGAAAGCAGCCUGCCAAUAUCCCUUACGAGUACGUGCUGAGACGAUUUGAUGCGGACCUGGGACCCAAGCAAGUGGCGGAUGUCUACGAGCAGAUGAUCGAAGAAGCUAGAGCGAUACUGGGGACGCAGAAUUCGAGCGAUCGCCACGUCCCGCACAACGUGGUGCUGGGGAGGAACUGGAUCCUCGUCAUCCCCCGAAGAAAAGGGGGCGUCGGUGGCGCUUACGCAAACGCUCUUGGGAUGCUAGGAAUGGUCUCCGUGGCUAGCAAGGACGAGUUGCAAUGCUGGAUCGACCAAGGCCUAAGCGAGGUAGUCGCCCAGCUGGGCGUUCCUAAACGUGUUAUGGCUCAUGAUGGUAUGAAAAACGGCUUCACGCAGCAUGGUAGAUUAGAUUAG